AAAAAACCCAUACAAGAAACAUUUUUGUCAAUGGAUAGUGUGUGUUGUUGAUUCUUUUGCCUGAGUCUAGUUUCGGUUUGAUGUUGUGCAAAAAUGUGGGUUUCCUUUAUACGAUUGACUCUAGACGAUUGUAGUUUUUCAGCGACCAAUCAUGACCGAAAGAAGUGAAGAUGGCAACUACUUGGUGCGCGUGCGCGCUCAAGUAAUGUCGCGCGACGACUCGUCAGGCGGCUGGGUACCGCUGGGCGGCGGCGGGUUGAGCGACGUGUCGGUGCGCAGGCGCCCUCGCGCCCAAGGCGCCGGCCCGCCCGACAAACCGAAACACGACUAUCUUAUCUACGGCAAACGGAUCAGCGACAAUUCGGUGGUGCUGAGUUGUACUAUAAAAAAAGACUUCGAAUACAACAAAGUGAUGCCGACGUUUCACCAUUGGCGGACCGGUUCGAAGCGGUUCGGAUUGACGUUUCAGGCGGCGGCGGAUGCGCGCGCUUUUGAUAAAGGCGUCCGGACGGCUGUCGAGGAUUUAUUGGACGGCUUCACCAAUACUUCGCCUUCAAUGCCCUUACCAAAAUGUCCAUCUCUUGAAGCUGAUGACGAUGUAUUCAUGACCUUAGACUUGCCUCGAGACCCCAAAGAUUCGAGAAGCAGUACCGAUUCGAAUAGUAGCGGCAAAAGCGGUACCGUCGACCCAUUAAAAGUAAGCCGGAUAACUUAUAUUGGCCGCGAUAAACCUUUGGAACCACCUAGACAACCUGUGUUCGAGCCUCCAAAAGGGGCACCAGAGUACGUCCAACUUCAAGCGCGGCACGAAUACUUUUACGUGGAGAACCCGCUGAGCCAGCAACCGCCCUUGCCGCCCACUUGGGAGUCACCGACGGCGCUGAAAAAAGCUUCGCCUCCGCCGCCACCUCAGCCGCUUUCUGAAGUAUUCAAGCCCGUUAUCAAGAGGCCUCAGCAUUAUGUUUGUCGACAUUGUAAUGAGCCUUUUACGCGCGACCAAAACAAACGCGGUUCCUGUAAAUACGCCCCUGAUACUGUCAGAUCGAUAGUUCAUUGGUUGUCUUGCUUACCGCUGGUCAAUUGUUCCAUGUACCAUUGCGCUGCCGAUUCAGAGGGGGACUUUCAACGGAACCCUUGCAGGUGUCAAGGUGAAGACGAGCCGUCAGAAGUGUGCGCACGUCGGUGGGCGGGUCUCACCCUACUCUCAUUGGUAGUACCGUGCAUCUGGCUGUACCCGCCCCUGAAACUGUGCCACAGCUGCGGCGUGCGGUGCGGCACGUGGGGCGGCAAACACAAAGCGACGACGGAAGGAGCAUGACCUUGGGAGAGCGAACUCAGCACCGAAUUCAGUUUUGUUUAGUUCGAUUAGACCAAAGCGUUUUUUUUUUUACAUAUAAAUGUUUACUGCCAUUUUAUUUUUAUUUUUUGUUGAAGUGGAGGGUUGUAGCUUAUAAGCGGAUUCCAUUAUAGUUUAAGAGUUGUCUUUUGUUAGCCCUUAAGGCCUAUUUUGGUGACUGAGUGUAGGGAUAUAAAAUUUAUUGGGUUAACAAGGGGGCAAAUUUUUUAGUAUUUAUUUGGUCAAUUGCAAAAUCACAGAUGGCAAUUGGGUAUCCUUUUUUUUCUCAAUUUGUUGUUAUUCUUUUUCCAUAAUGUGAAAAUCUAAAAACUGAAAUAGUCAUGAUUUAGCCUCAUAUCGUGCCUAGUUCAGCCUACUAGGAUUGACCAAAAAGAAUCUCCAUUAAGCAAAAAUUUGUUCAUAUUUCUUUGUUAUCGGCGGAAACUCUCUUAUGAAAAAUUAAUAGAUAAUGUGGUUAUCUAUCUAAAAAAGCUAUUAUUUAUUUUAUAAAAACUUAAUUUUAUGUUUUUUAAAACGACUGUGAUUUUAAUAUUAAGAAUUUCUAUACGGUAGUUUUUUAGUCAUUUUGUUUGGGUUUAUAUUGUUGCCGACUGAUCAGGUUUUCUUUUUCUUUCUCACGUCCAUAAAGCGCACUAAACUAUGAUUUAUCGCACACUUUUGUUAUAUAAAAAAAAAAUCAAUAAUGUAUAGCAAGUGUCCAAAUCAUGAUAAAGAGGACACCAAGAUUAGUGCUCAAGGCAUAAAUAAAUUAUAGUGUUAUAAGGUUGUGAACACUAAAAUAAAAAUCGUUAAAAACAAAAUUAAACAGACUCUUCUAAGACUGUAUUAUGUAAAAACUUAUUUAUGUAUUUAUUUUAAUUUUUCUUGACGAUUAUUUGUAUUGCAUACAAAGUUUUUCUGUAAAAUUUUACACAUUCCAACAACUGUUCUGCAAAAUCAUUAUAAUAAUUUCUCUGCUUCUUUAAUUUCAAUUUGUAGAAGACAGAAUUAUAAUUAUACAGAAAAAUCCUGUACAAACAUUAUUAUUGAUAAAAUUGCCAAUCAAUUUUGGAAAACUCCUUGUAAAGGGGCCUAACAGCCUAAAAAUACUAUACUAGGUACUGCCAAAUCACAAAAAUAUGUAAAUAAUUUUCCGGUUUUUUUAUUGGCGCAUAGUACUGACAAUAUUUUUGAUUCUUGAAUUUUAUAUCACAAGGAAAGAUAAGUAAAAAAACCAAACAUUUACCUAUUUUUCAUCUUGUGACAUUCAAUGUGAGAUUUGAUGGCUUAACUGUAAGGUCAACUUUGACCAAAUGGAACAAAUUUUGUUGAAUAGUGGUUUUAGUUCGAAUCUCAAAAUCUCUUUGGUGCAUAAAACUUAUGAAUUAAGAUCUUAACUCGUCUGAUUAUUUUCUUGCUUCUGGACUAAAAAACAAAUUCCCUAUAAAACCACUAUUCAACAGUUAAAAUCAAUAUGUUUAUAUUAUAAUAUAAAAACUGUACUGAGUUUGUAUAUAAUUUUUAGAAUAAUCAAAUCCACUCCUACAUCAAAUUGUAGCAUAUAUUUUACAUAUAAUUAAUUAAAUAAUUUCUGAUUAAUGAGUAAUUUGAAACCAGGCACACACAUCUAUUUUAAUAUAUUUCCGACAACUUAUAUUAUUUCUGUGAAUAAUAUUGUUAUUGAAGGGUCAGCCCUGGACAAUAUGUUGUUUUGUUUUUCUGCUAUAUACAGGGUGAAAUUUAAUUGAAUUUUCUAGCAAUAUUUUUGGGCUUGUAAUAAAUUAAUUGCUUAUUCGAAUCUUUGUAAUAUUGACUACUCCCCCUCCAAAGAAAAACCUUUUUAUUAAUUGUUAUGAGGAGGUUUUUUUUUGCCUAUUGGUCUGAAAAUUCCCAAUAUUUGCACAUAAAUCGAUUAUCAUCAAUUAGAUAGAAGAUACUAAAAAAACUGUCAAGUUUAUAAAUAUUAUAAAAAAAUAAAUAAAUAAAUGUUAACUUGUAAUUUGAAAUUUGUAAAUAAGUAUAAAUGUUUAUUACAAAAAUA